AUGGGGCCGCACACCGGCCCAGACAAGACAUCCACCAGAGAGGCUCUGAUUAACGACAACAUCAAGCCGUUGUUGAGCGCAUUUAACCAGGUUCCUGGGAGUGAAAAUGAGAAGAAGUGCACUUUGGAUCAAGCUUUUAGAGUUGUUGUGGAAGAAGAAAUAAUAAACAAAGCCCCAUGUGACAAUCUCCUGGCAAUUAUAUCUCUUGCUAUUAAUGGAGUCACAGAAGGUAUCUGCACUGCAUCAACUCCUUUUGUGCUUUUGGGGGAUGUUCUGGAUUGCCUCCCUUUGGAUCAGUGUGACAAAAUUUUCACUUUUGUGGAGAAAAAUGUUGCUACAUGGAAAUCAAAUACAUUUUACUCUGCAGGGAAAAAUUAUUUGCUACGAAUGUGCAAUGACCUCCUUAGAAGAUUAUCUAAGUCACAAAACACGGUCUUCUGUGGAAGAAUUCAACUGUUCUUGGCUAGGUUAUUUCCGCUUUCGGAAAAGUCAGGACUUAACCUGCAGAGUCAGUUUAACCUGGAAAAUGUCACUGUUUUCAAUACCAAUGAACAUGAGAGCACUCUGGGACAGAAGUGUACGGAGGAUAGAGCAGUCCCUUCAGCUUUUUCCAGGAGAAGUCAGGCUGUCGUUGCAAAGUUUAGUAAGCACGCUGAGGAGAGAGAAGAAGGAAUGGACGUAGAAGAAGGUGAAAUGGGAGAUGAUGAAGCACCAACAAGUUGUUCCAUUCCAAUAGAUUAUAACCUGUAUAGAAAAUUCUGGUCACUUCAGGAUUAUUUUAGGAAUCCUGUGCAGUGCUAUGAGAAGGUGUCAUGGAAAACUUUCCUUAAGUACUCAGAAGAAGUUUUGGCUGUGUUCAAAAGUUACAAGUUGGACGACACUCAGGCUUCCCGAAAAAAGUUGGAAGAACUAAAAACAGGAGGAGAACAUGUAUAUUUUGCAAAGUUCCUAACUAGUGAAAAGCUGAUGGAUUUACAGUUGAGUGACAGUAACUUCCGGCGUCACAUCUUGUUGCAGUACCUAAUACUGUUUCAGUAUCUAAAGGGACAGGUCAAAUUUAAAAGUUCAAACUAUGUUCUAACAGAUGAACAGUCUCUUUGGAUAGAAGAUACUACAAAAGCAGUUUACCAGCUUCUUUCAGAAAAUCCUCCAGAUGGGGAAAGGUUCUCAAAAAUGGUAGAGCAUAUAUUAAAUACUGAAGAAAACUGGAACUCAUGGAAAAAUGAGGGCUGCCCAAGCUUUGUUAAAGAAAGACCUCCUGAUUCUAAACCAACAAGACCUGUGAGAAAGAGGCCAGCUCCAGAGGACUUCUUAGGAAAAGGAUCAAACAAAAAAAUCCUUAUGGGGAACGAGGAACUGACCCGCCUUUGGAAUUUAUGUCCUGAUAACAUGGAAGCUUGUAAAUCUGAGAGUAGGGAAUAUAUGCCAACGUUGGAGGAAUUUUUUGAAGAAGCUAUUGAACAAGCAGACCCUGAAAACAUGGUUGAAAAUAAGUAUAAGGCUGUGAACAAUUCUAACUAUGGCUGGAGAGCACUGAGACUUCUGGCACGCAGAAGUCCCCACUUUUUCCAGCCAACAAACCAACAAUUCAAGAGUUUACCUGAAUAUCUAGAAAACAUGGUAAUCAAAUUAGCCAAGGAGCUGCCCCCUCCUUCUGAAGAAAUAAAAACAGGCGAAGAUGAAGAUGAGGAAGAUAAUGAUGCUUUAUUGAAGGAAAACAAUGAAAGUCCAGAGGUACAACGGGACAAAGCCAUGACGGGCGAACAGAUUGAGUUAUUUGCGAAUAGGCUUGGGGAGCAGUGGAAGGCCUUGGCCCCCUACUUGGAAAUGAAGGAUUCUGAUAUCCGGCAGAUUGAGUUGGACAGCGAGGAUGUGAAGAUGAGAGCUAAGCAGCUGCUGGUGGCCUGGCAGGAUCAGGAGGGUGCACAUGCAACUCCUGAUAACCUGAUCACGGCGCUGACCAAAGCUGGGCUAAGUGACCUUGCCGAAAGCCUGACCAACGAUACCGAAGGCAGCAGCUAACUCGCUUCAGCUGCCCAACUUGCUCUUUGACUUGGGGGGCUGGGGGUGUCAUUAAUUGUGACUGUUCUGGUGGUUGUCAUUGAUAAUUGUUACUAUUGUUGCUAGGUAACAGAUUUUUGAUAGGUAUUUUUUGUUCAGGAAAUGAUAAAGCUUUUUAAUAAUA